GCAGCCGCAGCUGCAUCAGCUGUGGACUCUGGGCUCAAUCUCUACAGUCAGGCACAUCACCGAAACCAUCAAUAAUAACAGCUUCUUCCAUUUUCAUCUGAAGAUGGCAAACGAGGGGCUGCGUGAUAAUGAGACCCUGUCGUCACUGAAGAACGAGUCGGAGACCCUGAAAUGCAAGCUGGAAGAGGAGAGAGCCAAGCUGCACGAUGUGGAACUGCAUCAAGUUGCCGAUCGCGUAGACGCUCUUGGUCAGUUUGUGAUGAAGACGAGAAGGACUCUGAAAGGACAUGGCAACAAAGUGUUGUGUAUGGAUUGGUGUAAAGACAAGAGAAGGCUUGUGAGCUCUUCCCAGGAUGGAAAAGUGAUUGUAUGGGAUGCUUUCACAACCAACAAGGAACAUGCAGUUACCAUGCCGUGCACCUGGGUGAUGGCCUGUGCGUAUGCUCCCUCUGGAUGCGCAAUUGCCUGUGGAGGUUUGGACAAUAAGUGUUCAGUGUAUCCCCUCACCUUUGAUAAAAAUGAGAACAUGGCCGCGAAGAAGAAAUCUGUGGCAAUGCACACUAACUACUUAUCGGCCUGCAGCUUCACAAAUUCAGACAUGCAGAUCCUGACUGCCAGCGGGGAUGGAACCUGUGCUCUGUGGGAUGUGGAGAGCGGCCAGCUGCUCCAGAGCUUCCAUGGCCAUGCCGCUGACGUGCUGUGUUUGGAUCUGGCCCCCUCAGAGACAGGGAACACCUUUGUGUCUGGGGGCUGUGAUAAGAAGGCAAUGGUUUGGGACUUGCGUUCUGGACAGUGUAUCCAGUCUUUUGAAACACAUGACUCAGACAUUAACAGUGUCAGAUACUACCCUAGUGGAGAUGCUUUUGCCUCCGCCUCUGACGAUGCAACUUGUCGUCUUUAUGACCUUCGAGCAGACAGAGAAGUAGCUAUAUAUUCCAAAGAAAGCAUUAUAUUUGGAGCCUCCAGCGUUGAUUUCUCACUCAGUGGUCGUCUGCUGUUUACUGGCUACAAUGAUUACACUAUCAAUGUCUGGGAUGUCCUGAAGGGCACAAGGGUGUCCAUUCUGUUUGGCCAUGAGAAUCGCGUCAGUACCCUGCGAGUUUCACCGGACGGCACAGCGUUCUGCUCCGGCUCAUGGGAUCACACUCUGAGGAUUUGGGCCUAAAAAGUCUUUCAGCCUCCCAUCAAGCCCGAGAAGAUCCCCUUGAACUGAAUUUCAGUUUUUCAAUCCAAUCACAUGCUUAUUAUACAGGCAUUUAUUAUCUCAUCUGCAACUGAUGUGUUUUCUUGUUUACAAGCACAACAUACCAGAUGGGUCAAACUACACCCUGGCAUCAACUAUACCAUUCACAUGACUGUUAAUAUAGCCUCAGUUCAGAGACUGUUCAGAAAGGUGUGAUUGUUACCACCUUCACCCUUUCCUUGUCUAUACCCGUAAUGAUGCCAUUCAAUAAUCAAUACACAACAAACAUAAAAUACAUUAAAACAGGAAUUGUAAACUUGGUUGCUUUUCUGCAGGAGAAUCCGCCCCUAACCAACACGUCAUCAGCAAGCUCUUAAGUGCUCUGUGUGUUAUUCUCCCGUGUCACUUCCUUUGUUUCGGAUGCUCAGUAAAGCGCUGGGAAGCCGAAACGGGAGUGGCCCGCUUAGAGCCUGGAGGAAGGGCUACCCUCAACCAUGGAUUCCCAGAGGUUUCCCCCUAAAAAUAAAAAAAAUAUGUGAGUCUGGUUUUCUUCCUUACCUGUGCUGAGCGGUUCGUAUUUAGUUCUGCGGGGUGCAUGGUUGGGCUGGAGAGGCUGGGCUCUUUCUGUCAGCGCAGUCACGCUCUGGGGGACGGACCGUAUCUCGACUGCUCAUUUUCACAUUUUUUUUCAAUAUUUGGGGGGUAGGUGGCAGUGGGCUACUGUGGGGUACGUUAAUCAUUUAUUAUUGUUUUCUGUUUAUGGUUUGAUAGCCUUAUCAUUUGGGCCCUGAGUGCCCUUGACACUUCAUUAAAUCAUCUGCAAUUGCAAUCAUUCAUUUAUUCAGUCAUUCAUUCAUGGUGGAUUCUCCAUGCUGAAAUUCUUUUUUAUAGCAGAAUUUUGUUAUUCAGAAAUAUUCCUAUGCUUUAUAGGAAAAUAAAUAUUGUUUAUGUGUUAAUAUAAAGGCAUACCGAAUCUAAUACAAAAAAGAAAAAACAUUGUGUGUGCUAGAUCAUGUUUAAGAUCUGAUUAAAGUAGAGGGAUGGGUUAUUCUGAUAUCACAGUGCUGAUAUAAAUCUAUCAAUGUUUGUAGCUGAUUGUCCUAAUGUUACACGACUACUGCUUUGUGCCCUCAAGCUUUUUUAUAUUCAAUGCAGUAAUUUGUUACUAAUCUUAUGAAUGGAGCCUUAAUCAGGCUUCUUUUAUUACUGUACCUGAAUGCCUCAUUUUACUGUUCAUGGUGUUUUACAAAAAACAAUAUUACAAAACUGAAUGUA